ACAGGCGGGCCAGCUAUAAGAACAUCCGCCUCCAACUCACACCACCCUCUCUCUCCUCUUUCUUUCUCUCUCCUCGCAAACAUGGAGCAAACGCAACCGCAACAGCAACCGCUUGCUCCUCCCCAACUCGCCGCCACCGACUCAGUCAACUCAUCACCUCGCUCACACACCACCGAUUCGUACGGCAACGACUCGUUCCAACUCACUUCCAAACUCAGACUCAUGUGCAGCUUCGGUGGCCAUAUAGUGCCACGUCCGCACGACAAAUCACUCUGUUAUAUCGGCGGCGAUACACGCAUCGUCGUCGUCGAUCGUCAGUCCUCACUUUCCGAUUUAAUUCACCGACUUUCCAAAACUCUCCUCAACAAUACAUCUAAUUUCACUCUCAAAUAUCAAAUUCCCAACGAAGAUUUGGACUCUUUGAUUUCCGUGACUACUGAUGAAGAUUUGGAGAACAUGAUCGAUGAGUAUGAUCGCCUCAGUAGGAAUUCCGGCGCCGGAAAAUCCGGUCGCCUCAGGCUGUUUCUGUUUCCGGCGAAGCCUGAGUCGGUGACGUCGAUUGGAUCGUUGCUUGACAACUCGGCAAAGUCGGAGGACUGGUUUAUGAAUGCUUUGAACGGGACGAGUACCGGACAGAUGUCAGAUUCUAAUUCGGUCAAUUGUUUGUUAGGGCUUGAUGAGGCGGUGGAGGCGAACAAUAAUAAUAAUGGAAAUAAUAAUGAAAAUUUGAUUAAAUUGACUGGAAACGUUGUGAGUAAGAGUCACCAGGAUGUUCAUUCGGUGCCUGAUUCGCCGAUGCUUGAUACGACGUCGUCGUUUGGUUCGGCUUCUUCGACGCCUUCUCUGGCGAAUUUGCCUCCGAUUAGAGUGCAUGUGGUGGAGGAUCACAGGAAGGUGGCUGGGAUUGAGGAGCAGUUUGUUCAGCCAGUGGUAGCUGUGGUGCCACCUGUGGUGGUUGGGGAUUAUUCAAAUCGGAUUGUGUCUGAUGAUGAGAGAUCCGAGAGAUCGGAGAGAUCAGAUCAGGGAGGUGUUUCUAUGGCAUAUAGGAAACAGUUAUUGCAACAACAGGCGCAAUCGGUGAUUUCAAGUAAGCAAGCUGUUGCUGCUGCUGCUGCUAGUGGUGGUUGUUUUGAUUUGGCUUCCCCUGAUUCAGUUUCCAGUGAUAGUGGUGUAUUAAAUCCAAUGUCUCGCCAAAAACCUAUGAUCUACAAUCAAGAUCCGAAUGUCCAAAUUCAAUCUGGGCAGAGUAGGGGUUCUGCUAAUCCUGAACAAAAGAUCGCAGAAUCCAAUUCAAGAGUUCAGAUGCAACAACAAUUUCAAGAUUCUGGGUAUAUUUUGCCAGCAGCACAACAGCCACAAUUGCAGCAACAACACCCGCAAGUCCAGCAACAACACCCGCAAGUCCAGCAACACCCGCAAAUGCAGCAACAUCAUCCACAAAUGCAGCAACAUCCGCAAAUGCUGCAACAACAUCCACAAAUGCAGCAACAACAGCCACAACUGCAGCAACAACCACAAUUUAUUCAAGCUGGAGGACAGUAUAUCCAACAACAUCCUGCUGGGGCAGUGCCAAUGGGGUCUUACUACCACAUGUACCCUUCCCAGCAAUCACACCAUCCCGCAAUGGAUCAUCAAUACCCUGUUUACUAUGUUCCUGCUGGACAGCCUCAAGCAUAUAACAUGCCUAUUCAGCAGCAGGGUUUUAGUGAAGCUUCCAUUACCACACAAUCUAGUGGUCCACAAACCCCUCCUGCUACAGCAGCAUACAAUGCAACCAGGAAUGCUCCUGUUCCUAAAACUGAAGUGGCUGCAGGUGUGUACCGAACUGAGACUACAUCAACUCCAUUUGUUCAGGUUCCUGCCAGUCAACAUCAACAACAGUAUGCUGGUUUUCCUCAGCUUAAUCAUCCUUCUCAGUCAAAUGCUCCAGCUCUGGCGACUCCUGCCAACUAUGCCUAUCAGUUUGCUGAUCCUGCACAGGCUCACAUGUAUUAUACCCAGGCCAUGGCACCCAAGUUGGCUGCUCAGUACCAAAACGCAACAUCGAAUGCACCUGAAUCUGCUGCUUCUCUUCCUUCGGACAGCAACAAGCAGCAGGCUAGAACUUCAUAGCUCUAGCAGGGGGAGCGUUCUUGAAGAACAAAUUUUGCAGCAUCGGGUCGGGCCAUCUUAAUUUUAUGUUAUACACCGUCAACUUCUAGCUACUGGUUUGGUUUGUGUUAUGUGUCUGUUAUAGUUUAUGUGAACUUGAAGUUUCCUUUUUAUCUUACCAUUGUAUGUUAUAUCGUGUUAUUGUCUGUGGAGAUACAAGUGUUUCUGUCAUCAGUGAUUAUACUGUAAAAGUUCAAACUUACAUAUAUAUAUAUUUUUUCAGUUCAGUUUUAUGGA